GCACGUUACGACACUCCCGACGAGGUGGAUGUCUACCUCGACACAUUUCUCUUGCUAGGCGGUCGUUAUCUGGACACUGCUCGUCUAUACCCUCCAGAGGCUCCGGGGACGGCGGAAGUAGGGCUCGGCAAGGUCGAGGCAGGGAAGAAGUUCAUAAUCGACACCAAGGUCUUUUCCCAAGCCCCUGGUAGCGCCGCGACGGAGACGGUUCAUGAGAACGUCAAUACCUCACUCAAAGUUUUGAAUACCCUGUAGAUCAAUGUGGAGUAUUUACACCUUCCAGAUAGAACAACGCCGAUCGAGGUGCCACUUGAGGCUUUGAAUGAUACAUACAGAGAUGGAAAAUUCAAGCACUUUGGCUCAUCGAACUAUACUGCAGAUGAGGUGGAAAAUGUCAUCCGAAGAUGUGAUGACAAGGGUUAUGUCAAGCCCACGGUCUGCCAAGGGCAAUACAACCCAACUGCGGGAAGAGGCGGGAAAGAACUGUUCCCAUUGCUGCGAAAGCAUGGUAUCGCCUUCUAUGCGUGG